UCUCAGAUGCUUCUUCUCCAAGGAACCCCAUCGUCUCCUUUCCAAACCCUAACCCUAGCUUCAUGGCGAUCACUUGCUUGAUCCCUUUGCAAACCCGGACUUCAUUCACGUCACGUCGUUGAUCUCACCGCAACUCUGCUCUUCAAGGUCACACGGCGAUCAGAGAAGUUGAUCCAUCUAGGGUUCUGGGGGGAGUGUUGAGGUGAACUGAAGCAUUGAAUCCAUGGAGGCUAGAAGUCAAGAGAUGAGGAAAAUGGAAGAGAGCUUGAAGAAUCAGCUUAAGGAGCAUGCUGAUCAGUUAGAUCGAGCUAUUCAAGAGUUCCGGGAGCAACAAUCCAAGGAUAUGGAGGAGGUGAGAACUAUGCUUGUUAAACUAGCUUGUUUGAUUAGUUCUCAAUCCUCUAGUAGCUGUAUUUCAUGCCUGGAAUCUGGAAAAGAGUGUGGAUUUACUAGUGCAAUUCAACCUAAAUUUGCUAUGUUGGAAUUUCCUAAGUUUCAUGGUGAAGGAUUAAAUGAAUGGUUAUGUAAGUGCAAACAGUACUUUGAUUUUGAUGAAACUUCAGAUGAUAUUAAGGUGAGAAUGGCUUCAUUACAUCUUGAAGGUAGGGCACUAGUAUGGCAUCAGAAUUAUAUGAGAUACAAGGGAAAUCAGGGAGUGUUACAAUGGGAGGAAUAUAUACAUGCACUGAGUAUUAGGUUUGGGGAAGCAUUAUAUUUAGACCCUAUUGCUGAAUUAAAGCAGCUCGAGCAGGUGGGAACACUAGAAACUUACUUAGAUAAGUUUGAUGAAAUCUUAAAUAGGUUGGAUUUGUGUGAAGAUUAUGCAGUUAGUUUAUUCCUAAGUGGACUUAAGGAGGAAAUACGGUAUCCAGUUAGAGUGUUCUCACCUAGUAAUCUUGUAGAGGCUGUGAGAUUGGCCAAGUUGCAGGAAUUAAUUGUUGAAAAGUUGCAUAAGGAAGAUGAAAAUUACACUGAAGACAAUCAGGAGAAUACACCCAUGAUCCCUUUGAAUGGAUUAGCUGGAGUGCCUUCAUUAUGUAAUUACAGAACCAUGAGAGUUAAUGGUAGCAUCAAGGGGCAGAAGGUGCAUAUUUUAAUCAGCUCUGGAAGCACACGCAAUUUGAUUGAUGCAAAUACAGUGAAUAGUCUGGGGUGUACUGUAGCUUCCAUUUCUCCUGUGACUGUUGUAGUAGCAGAUGGGAGCAAAAUUCAGUGUGAAAAAACUUGUGUAGAUUUGAAAUGGAAGAUGCAGGGACAGGAAUUCCAAGAUGAUGUGUUAGUUAUGCCUCUGAAUGGCUGUCAGAUGGUUUUGGGCAUACAGUGGUUGAUAUUGUUGGGGCCAAUCAUAUGGAAUUUUAAACAGCUGAGUAUGGAAUUCACAGUGGGCAACAAGAAGGUAGUUCUGAGAGGUGCUUAGUAAUGACUAAGGAAAGAGUGACUACACAGGAGGAACUUGGAUUGCCAGUUCCAACAUUUUGUAAAACUCAACAAUAUGGUUGUUAAACCAUAUAUUUUGUAUUUCUGAAGAUGUUAGUAAUCAAGACUUAUAUUUCCUUUAUUUUGGCA